CUAUUUCGGAUUUUUGUAUGACAAUUGAUGAGAGUGCAAAAGAGAGAUAUAUACACAUUUAUUUUGUAUACAUCAUUUCGCUUAUUUGUUUAUGUUUACUCUGUACUUGAUGUUCUUUGUGCGAUUGCUGCCACCGCCCAAGCACCCACCUGUGAGAUCGUGCAGAGCAGCAUCUGAUUUUAUAAAUUUAAAUAAAUAAUAUUUAAAAUCGGUAUUUUUUCUUGAAUUAAAGUUAAUUGAAUAGUGAAGAUAAAAAAUUUUCAAUGGAAUUGUAAAUCGUCUGGAGGUUCGAAAAGAAAAAGAUUGAAUAGGCGGUCUGUCUAAAAUACUUACUGAGGAGGAUGAUGAUUGUUGGUUUUUAAUGGAUGAAAUAUUUAACGUAAAUACCAGCAUAGCAUUGGAGGAGGAUAAUGCUUGCUUGGAAAACAUUCUUGAAGACCUUUUAAACAUUUCAGAAGAAACUGAAAAACUUAUUGCUGAGCAAUAUCCUUACUUAAAAAUUGAUUCAAUCACAACAGAUGACUAUCUCGGUGAUAAUAUCCACAAAAAUGGCGACAAAAAAAAGUCAUUUAAAUGUAAUGCAUGUUCAAUGACCUUUUCACAUCGUUAUCGAAUGGUACGGCAUCUUGAAACGCAUAGCCUUAGAAAAGUUUUGGAAUGCCAUCAUUGCGAAAAAAAGUUUAACCAUCGAAAUUCCCUUAUUCUUCAUGUGAAGAGUCAUUUUCGAAAAUGCCGACAGAACAAAUGCCUAUUAUGUAAUAAACUUCUGGUGCAUAAAUGUGUUGAAUGUAAUAUGGAAUUCUAUGCUAGAGUGCAGCUAAGAAAUCAUAAAAAAAUGCAUAAUAGCAAAGGAAACUUAAAGUGUGAAUUUUGCCAGAAAGAGUUUGCUUUGCAAAGACAUUUGACACUGCAUAAAAAGGUGCAUUUGAGGACAGAAGAAUUCAACUGUGAUAGAUGUUCGAAGAAGUUCAACAAUCGAAAAACUUUCAAGGCACAUCUAAUAUGCCAUUCAGAGGAAAGAACACAUGCAUGUGGAGUGUGUGGUUCGAAAUUUCAGCGAAAAAAUGCUCUUACUGAGCAUCGAAAGUUGCAUAAUAGUGCUAAGGAGUAUUCUUGUGAUCUUUGUGAUCGCAAGUUUGCACAAUUUGCUGGAUUGUAUAUUCAUAUGAAAAUGCAUUCACUGUCACAUGUAAACCAAUAUGUUCUACACAACCAAACUCUCCACUCUCCACAUUCACUCUUGACAGCUGCCACCAAAAAUUCUAGCUUUCAAAAAAAAAAGAAGAAAAAAAAACUGCCCUCGUCUUUCGCUUCGCUUGUUUAUUGUAAUUUUUCUAAAAAAAAUACGAGCCAGACUAAUAAAUUUAAAAUUGUUUACCUUUUUAAUAAUUAUCCUUCGAUCAUGUCGAAAUUUGUUAAGAAAGAAAAACAAAGCUCAUUUGCCGAUGAAGAUAACAUCAAAUGUGGCGAAAUCAUGUUCUCAAAUAAUACAAAAUUUUGUUUUUCAUGUGCGUUUUGCCAAAAAAACUGCGACAAAAUUCAGGAAUUCUAUCGGCAUGUUCUUUAUGAUCAUUUAAAUUAUCUCGAGGAAUAUCAAUUCGAUGAGGACCUUGAUUUUGUAUCAGAAAAAAAGUUAGAUCAAAGUAAAACAACAAAAGAUGAUAAAACGGAAUUUAUUGAUAUUGAUGUUAUGGAAGGUUCCAAUAAGCCAGAGCUGAAGAAAAAUAACGGUUUUAGUAAUCACUUUGAAGAAUUUGUCACUCAAAACAUUCCCAACAGUGUAACAAUAAAAUCUGAAGUAGAAGACGAAGAAGAAGAGGAAGACAUUGAUUAUAAAGAAGAAAUAGAAGAAUUCGAAUUCUUUCUUGAAAACGAUCAACCAUCACCAGUAACAAAACGUACACAAUCGCCCAUAUCCAACACAAAUUUUAAUGAUAUUCUACACAUCGAAUUCCUAGAAGAACCCAUCGAAAAUGAAUAUGAACCCGAAGAUGAUGAUAUCGGUGAGAUUGAUUCUAUUAAGAAUGAAAGUCAAGGAGAAGAUGAUAACAAUGAAGAAUACGAAGACGAUGAAGAAGCCGAAGGCAACAACUCCCCUGCAGAGUAUUCAAAUGCAAGUGAAAAUGAAGACGAAGAUGUUAACACUUUCAUGAUAAAGCGUCAAGAUGACACCAAAGAAAACAACUUUAAGUGUACGUUUCCGCAUUGCAAGAAGGUUUUUGUAACAAAGAAUGGCGCCAAGCGGCAUAUUCAAAACAGUCACACACAGAACAAGAAGCAAGUUACCUGUUCAACGUGUUUUAAAAACUUCAAUAACCAAUCUUUGCUUGACAAACACAUCAAGUUGCGACACAUGGGCUUUAAACCCCAUGAAUGUGAAAUAUGCGGCCAAUGUUUUUCGGAUAGGUCUAAUCUGAAUGUGCAUAUAAUGCGUCACAAAGGAAUUAAACCACAUGCUUGCUCUAUCACUACUUGCCAGAAACGAUUUCAUUCGAGCACGGAGUUAAAACUUCAUAUGAGAUCGCAUACUGGCGAACGUCCUUUUGUUUGUGAGCUGUGUGGUAGAGAGUUUUCCAAUUCUGGACAUUUGACUAAUCAUCGGAGGCGACAUUUUGGUGAGAAGCGAUAUGAGUGCGAUGUCUGUCAAAAGAGAUUUUUCGAUCGUAAGCUUUUGAAUGAUCAUAAAGUGAUGCAUUCCGAUGAGAGACCUUUUGAAUGUCUCACUUGUGGGUCCAAUUUUCAGAGGAAGAAAGCAUUGCUGCAGCAUGAAAAACUACACAGCGAUGUUAAAGAGUAUACGUGUAAGUUAUGUGGGAAAUCAUUUGCUCAAAACGCAGGCUUAUAUUCACAUAUGAAGGGUCAUAGGAUAGGUUAUAAUCAAAAAUAAAUAAUGAUUGUUUUUUUUUUUUUUCUAAAAAAGAAAAUAAAUAAAAAAUACAAAAAAUUAAUGCAAUAGAAUA